AUGAGUUUUAUUGCUUCGUAUUUGGGACUAUUCAACUCUUACAAUAUCCAUUUGUACGUGAAUUCUCGAGUGAUGUACGCGGCGAAUCAACAGACGAUCAUUUGGUGUCUCUUUUGUGUGGAGCUCUUUGUAAUGAUUUUGACAAUGUUAUGGAUCCCGUGCUCACUUUAUAUUUGCUUUAAGACACAAGCACAAAAUAAGUUCAGCUCAAUUCAGAAAAUUUCAGUGUGCAUCGGCUCAUUGAUGGCCGAACGCUAUUUUGCAGUGGUGCACGCGGAGACUUACUCAACAAAGCCGUACCGAAAGGUUUCUGUCACAAUUAUGACCGUUACAAUUACCACAGCCGCCUGGGAAGCUGUUAUUUUCACAUUUGGUGGUCUAUCACAGUUGAUGUCCACCAUUUGGGCUGUUGGUCAUGCGUUACCGUUUUCUUUGAUGGCUUUAUGGAUCCUCCGGAAAAACGAUCUCAAGCGAAAACAGUUACUGCUGCAUUGGAGAAAAUCCGGAUAUUCCCUAGCGAAACGAUAUCAAAUAACGGAGAAUGUAAAAGCUUUUCGGGUUUUAACAGUUCUCAUCAUCUACACAGUUAUUUCUCAUUCAUUUCUUGGCGCAACUUUCAUCUUUUAUCUCACAGCGAAUAUUUCGUGGGAAACGAAGAAUUAUAUUGGAGCUAUACUGGAUCUAAAAUUUGCUAUCUAUGUAUUCCUUAUGAGUUUCCUCGGUUAUUUGACAAAUCGUGAGUGGUACAAUCUCUCCAAACAUACACUCACUCAACUUUUUCGAAAGCUCAACCUCGCUCGCAGGUGCUAUAGAAGACCUUUGAUUACACCUGACGCGCGAAAGGAAAGCGAAAUGGAGAUUUCAGAAGCGAAGAUCGUUUUGGAUCCAAUGGGAAAGAACAGCCAAGCAAACGAUACGCAAAAUACCAUCAAACAAGAAGAGAACGAGAAGGAAAAUAAAGUCGAGACCAAGGAUUUUUUUAUAGAUCGUUGUUUCGAACGCCUCCGCGCUAAUCCCGAUGCGCAAGAUUCUAGAUCUCCUCGGAGAACUAUCCGUGCUGAAGAAACAAUGUGCAAUUGCCCCAAGAUGCUAGAGCUUAGUACGAUGACAUUGUCCCAUAUGUUGGCUGCACGUGACGUG